AUGUUUGACUCCUUGUUCUGUGAUCAAUUUAUACAACAUAAAUCAGAUGGCUGUUCAAGGCUGAGUUUUGGAAAUGAGUUAUUUUUGGAAUGUUCUCAUUGUGAUGAAUGUUACAUUUCGCCAUUGGAUCUUAUUGCACAUGUUGAAUGCGCACAUGGAAUAUCUAUUAUGAAACAUACAUCAAGUAUGAUCAACAACCCUAACAGUUUCCCACACGAAGUGAUGUCUGUCUCAGACACAACGAGUUCAUCUUUUAUGGUUGCUGAUGACAAAAGUAGCUAUAACUCUGUGAAUUCAAAUGACAUAAACUCAGCUCCAUGUGAGUCAGUGAGUCAAGUCCCAUCUGUCUUAAGUUCUACGUCAACUGGCUACACUUCAAUCGCUCCGGGUAUUUCUACUACUUCGGUUGUUCGUAAAACCUGUUGUCUUGUUGAUGGAAGUUCUCCAUGCACCCAAAUGUCUUCGUGCCCAAUUUUGUUUUCUCAAGAGUCGGAUUGUGAGACGGAACAAGUAUUCGAUGAUAACUCACUAAAGCCUCCAGAUGAUUCAAACCCAGAUACCACCUCAGUUUGCAGUCAAAUAAAUUUAUGUGCCCAGACAACCCCUGCUUCCACUGAACAUCAAUUAUUUUCUUUAAAUUGUCGAUAUCAUCCUGUUUUUGCUUCAGUUCAAGGUCUUUUUGAUUCAACUUUUCCAUUAAAGACAAUAUCUCAUUGGUCAUGUCAUCAGUUUGUUUCUGUAACUGAACUUUCAUAG